AUGGCAAAAGAUGCAAACACUUUGAGUAUUGAUAACCCUUUAAAUAGCAGAGGGUUUAGUGCCAGUGAAAGCGUGGGGAAGCACAUGCUCGAGGCGUGCAACAACAACCUGGAGAUGGCUGUCACCAUGUUCCUGGAUGGAGGGGGCAUAGCCGAGGAGCCCAGCACCAGCUCCGCAGCGGUGGCCGCUGUUCGGCCGCACACAGAGGAUGAAGUACGAGCUCCCAUUCCUCAAAAACAAGAAAUUUUAGUUGAGCCUGAGCCCUUGUUUGGAGCUCCCAAAAGGCGCAGACCUGCCCGUUCAAUAUUUGACGGUUUUCGGGAUUUUCAAACAGAAACCAUUCGACAGGAGCAGGAGCUACGGAAUGGAGGGGCAGUAGAUAAGAAGCUCACGACUCUGGCCGACCUCUUCAGGCCUCCCAUUGAUCUGAUGCACAAAGGCAGUUUUGAAACGGCCAAGGAGUGCGGUCAGAUGCAGAACAAAUGGCUCAUGAUAAACAUUCAGAACGUGCAAGAUUUUGCAUGUCAGUGUCUCAACCGCGAUGUGUGGAGCAAUGAGGCUGUGAAGAACAUAAUCCGGGAACACUUCAUUUUCUGGCAGGUAUACCAUGACAGUGAGGAAGGACAGAGGUACAUACAGUUUUAUAAAUUGGCAGACUUCCCUUAUGUCUCCAUCCUGGAUCCCAGAACAGGCCAGAAGCUAGUGGAGUGGCACCAGCUCGAUGUAACUUCGUUCUUGGACCAAGUGACUGGGUUCCUGAGUGAGCAUGGACAACUGGAUGGACAUUCGACUAACCCUCCCCAAAAAUGUUGUCGUUCUGAGAGCCUCAUCGACGCCAGUGAGGACAGCCAGCUGGAAGCUGCCAUCAGAGCCUCGUUACAGGAGACCCAUUUUGAUUCCUCACAGGCCAAGCAGGAAGCUCGGUCAGACGAGGAGUCUGAAUCAGAGCUUUUUUCCGGGAGUGAAGAGUUCAUUUCGGUGUGCGGAUCGGAGGAGGAGGAGGAAUUGGAGAAUCCUGCCAAGUUGAGGAAAUCUCCACACAAGGACUUGGGGUAUAAAAAAGAAGAGAGUCGGAGGCUGCAGCCUGAGCCCCCUGCAAGGACAGAGCCAGGUACAACGUCAAAUCAUCGAGUCCUGCCCUGCAUCGAUGCAGGGAUCCUGGAGGAGUCAACUGACAAGCCUGAAAGUACCUUGCAAGGCUUAGAUGUGAAUGGACCAAAGGCACAGCUGAUGCUACGGUAUCCAGAUGGAAAGAGGGAACAGAUUUCACUGCCUGAACAAGCUAAACUUCUGGCUCUUGUGAAGCACGUGCAGUCGAAAGGCUACCCCAACGAACGCUUCGAACUCCUCACCAACUUCCCUCGGAGGAAACUCUCCCACCUGGACUAUGAGAUCACGUUGCAGGAGGCAGGCCUGUGCCCUCAAGAGACUGUCUUUGUGCAAGAAAGGAAUUAGCACUGUGGCCUGAGCUCUCCCAGCCCUCCCUCCUCUCCGCCUGGGGCACUGACUCAUUCAAUACGCAGUUGAGGGUCACAGGAUCGCAGCGCUGAAAUCAGGCAGGCAGCUGGCUGGCCCUUCUCUCUCUCCUUUCCUUCUCCCUAAUCUAGUGACCAAAUGAGAACGUUUGGUUUGGUUUUUUCCCCAGCUUGGGCCCUGGGGAAGAGCAUUGGGAAGA